CUGCAGUUGGCCAACGGCAGUAAGAGGCGGAGGGCGGGGCCAGGAGCAUUCUGUUGCGGCCACUCAGCGUUUGGCUUCCUGUGACGUCACGUCCAAUGAGCAGCUAGCGCGGGACUUUCAAUUCUCGUCCCGCCCACUUGGGAAAGGCUGUGGCUAUAAAAGAUGCGGCGGCGGCCCACUAGCACUCGUUUCGCUCUUGCUUCUCGAGGUGGUGAGUGUCUCAGUACACCAUGGCCCGCACGAAGCAGACCGCUCGCAAGUCGACCGGUGGCAAGGCCCCGCGAAAGCAGCUUGCCACCAAGGCGGCCCGCAAGAGCGCGCCGGCCACGGGCGGCGUGAAGAAGCCUCACCGCUACCGGCCCGGCACCGUGGCCCUGCGCGAGAUCCGCCGCUACCAGAAGUCCACCGAGCUGCUGAUCCGCAAGCUGCCGUUCCAGCGGCUGGUGCGCGAGAUCGCACAGGACUUCAAAACCGACCUGCGUUUCCAGAGCUCGGCGGUGAUGGCGCUGCAGGAGGCGAGCGAAGCCUACCUGGUGGGGCUGUUCGAGGACACCAACCUGUGCGCCAUCCACGCCAAGCGCGUCACCAUCAUGCCCAAGGACAUCCAGCUGGCCCGCCGCAUCCGCGGGGAGCGAGCUUAAGUAAGGAGAGCCCGCUCGGCUCGAACCCCGUCCCACCCAAAGGCUCUUUUCAGAGCCACCCACACGCAUCACUCGCAAGGAGCUGUGCCGCUGACACUUCUCGUCUUCUGGGUAUUCGCGAAGACGCGGGGGGAGGGGGGCGGUCG